CUCGCUCGUAAGAUCGUACAACAGUUGCACAUAUUGCACAGUAGCUAUCCUAUCAUUUUAACUCCUCUGGAUUUGUUAAGCAUCUUUCAAAAAAACCCAUGCGCAAGUCAGCAACAACAUCAUCACGGAGCCGAGACUCUCUGCGGCUAGACUACCAAACACAACUUGAUAUGUCAGCAAAGUAUCAUUCAUCAUGACAUCGCUACUCCCAGUCGAGCUGGCUGUGAAGGACCCCGCUAUUGAAGAAACGGACGAAUGGCAUAUGCCUACAUUUGCUUUCCAUGAUUUGGAUUACAUUCCUUCAGGAUAUGGAGGCAUACUAGCACCGUAUAUAGAGACUGGUCCUGGCACAAUGAGAGCCGCAGCAACGCUUAUGCAUCUCAACCUCACACCUGCCCCAGCGACUCAGCAAGUCAUCUGUGACCUCGGCUGCGGCGACGGCGAAUUCCUCAUCGGUCUCCUCUCUCAUCUUAACUCUCCCCUCCCCCUGCUCCCAGUCUCCGGCUUUGGCAUCGACUACAACGCCUCUCUAAUCGCCACCGCUUCCCUCAACGCCAUCACCGCCGGCGCAACUGCUCACUGGCUAACCUACGACUUCAACCUCGACGAGCAUGAUCUCUUCAGCCAGAUCGAAAACCGGAGAGUGACGCACGUGUUUGUGUAUUUGGUGCCGAAACAGUUGGCCUUGAACACGGUGAGGAAGCUGUUGGAGAGGUUGUGGGGGAGCGGGGUGGUCAUCUGUUGUCAUAAGUUUCAGCCGGAGUAUUUGGUUGCUACGAGGACGGAUAUUUUGAUGGAUUUGGUGGUUUAUGAACGGUGAGGUUGGGUGAGGUGAGAUUUUUGAGAUUUGGAGUUAGCGGCGUCCACGCUGAAUGCGCAAUCAGCGCAAUCAGCGCAUCCAGCGCACCCAGCGCGACUAGCACAAUCAGCGUCCCCGGCGCAGUCAACUGGAUUGUCCCAAAGCUCGGUCAGCCCUUGGCUCAUGUAUUC